AUGAGCGACACAGCACCCAGAAACUCGGCAGUAGCAGCGGAUACCCACAAGGCAGCGGUCGAGGAGGUCGACCGUGCCGAGGAUGUGCAUGUUGACGGCGAGCAGAGCAAGUUCUCGGCGAUGCUGGGCAUUCUGCGCAAGCUCAUCGGUGUCUCGGACGUCAUCAGCUUGCGUUUGUCGCUGCCGUCACAGCUGCUGGACCCAAUCCCCAACCUCGAGUACUGGAAUUACAUGGACAGGCCCGAGUUUUUUGCCGCUAUCCCCGAUUCGGACGACGACGUCGAGCGCAUGCUGGCCACGCUGGCGUGGUGGUUUUCAAAGCUGCUCAAGCACACGGGCAAGGUGCUGAAGCCGUUCAAUUCGGUGCUUGGCGAGCAGUUCUUUUGCUACUGGGAGGUUGACGCUAAUGACGUGCCAUGCCAAACCGGGAUCUCGUCCUCGAGCGCUACUGCCGUGUCGACUGGGUCGGAUGAGCAGGACGCAAAGGGCAAGCUGCGUGUCGAGUACAUCACCGAGCAGGUGUCGCACCACCCGCCGGUCUCGGCGCACAUGUACCGGUGCGUCGAGAAGGGCAUUGAGGCCACAGGCAUCGACCACAUUAGCGCCAAGUUCACUGGGUUGUCAGCGACCGUGUCGCCCGGUGACAGAUGCAAGGGGAUCUUCAUCACGCUAAAGAGCCGCAACAACGAGACGUACGCAACCACGCACCCGACUGGCAACAUUGUUGGAUGGCUGCGCGGCAGCCUGCACUUCAAGGAGGAGCGCUGGUUUGGUAAGUCCAAAGACAACGUUCUGGGCAAGGUGUUCCAGUAUGAUCCGAAGAAGCAGGGCAACCAGGUCGGCACCUGGCGGCUCAAGGAUAUCCCCAAGUCGUGCAAGGUCGUGGCCAGCUUCCACGGCAACUGGGACAAGACGGUCUAUGUGCAGCGCGCCGAGGCCAAGAGUGAGCGCGUGCUUAUCGACCUGACCGGGCUGGCAGUCGCCGAAAAGGUCGUCAAGCCUCUGGAGGAGCAGGGCGAGAUGGAGUCGCGGCGUGUGUGGGAUCCGGUCGCCAGGGAGAUGCACAACCGCAGCUUUGGUGAGGCCACCAAGUGCAAGCGCCAUAUCGAGGACACGCAGCGCAAGAUCGCUGCGGAGCGCAAGGAGAAGGGCGUCGAGUUUGUGCCAGCCAUCUUCAAGCCAGACUAG